GAGAAACUGAGAUUCACCCCCUUGUCUUUAUCUUCUGCUCAAAAGCUGUGCUAAUCUCAGCUCUUUGUGGCGUGCUCAUCAUGGCAACCUUGGUGGCAGUAUAAGAGUGAGACAGUGACAGAACAAACAGACUCUAGAUUGAAAGGGCAGAAAACAGUGUCCCUUCGAGUCCAAACGCCUGUUUGUGCGGCACUUUUCCAAGUCUGCUCUUUCCAGACUGUUGUUUUCUGGCGCUGUGGCGCGAGCAGCAGAGAGACUGCUCCGUGCCAUCUCUUGUCACAGAUCGACGGGAAACCCGAGCGGGCCGGCAGAUGUGCCUACGCGGCGCCCGUGCUAGCAGGGGCGACUUUCCCAUCAACGGGAAUGGAAAGCAUGGAAAUGAGCCGAGCAUCAGGAGCGUGCGCGUCCCAUGUUCAUAUCCGUGGGUGUUGUUUACUGGAGUGCGCUCGAGUCACGUGACACGGUGACGCGUAUACUGCUCAAUGGGGCCGAUGUGUUGAGCAAGCGUUUGUCAGAGAUAAGAAAUAUUCCUGGAUUGAAAAAAAAAACCUACUGGUAGAUGAUACAUUUACUUGCACCGCCUCCAAUUUGACAUUUCACAUCAUUUGAGGCGUGUUAAAUUUGGGUGUUUCGAGCGAGGAUCAGAAUUGCGCAGUUGGGCUUUUUUUUCCGGACAUGGUCGGAGUUUCAAAUGUUUCGAGUUUCAAAUUAGGGUUUCAAGCGGCAGCCUCUGUUUUGAAAUGUCGGUUUUGAGCCAAAGUUCCAGUUUCAAAUCGGGUUGCCAGCCUUGUGUCAGGAUUCCAAAUGAAGCUAUCGAGUGAGGGUAAGUUUUCAAGCCAGCGAUGGCCUUUCAAAAUCAGGUUCCCGACACUUGACCUCCCUGAAGUGCUGAAUGGACCUUUUGAGGCCAAAUUGGAAUAUUUCCUGAUUCUGUCCCGCCUCUGUCGGCUGCCAGAAAACAAACAAAACGUCUUUUAUAGCCACUCAGCCAAAUGAGCGGAAAGCAGAUCGUGACAACGCGUCAACGUCGUUGUCAUAAGUCAUCGCGGCCUUUCGCUGGGCAAGCUUCCGGCGCCUCUGCGACUGCGCCGCAGGAAAAUCUUCAUCCGCCACUUUGGUCUUCUUCUUUCCUCGUGCGCUCUUGAUACAAUGGCCACUUUUCACAGGGUUCAACGACCUUUAGCCGAGCCGCGCGUGUGCGCGUGCGUGCUCCCCAAAGUGCCCGUUCUGCCGUGCAAUAAAGUGCUGCCGCGGUCACCUGCAGCCAGGCACGGAGGGAUCCUUCGUCUCCACAUGCACCACAGCAUUGAGUGAGGGUUUGGCUUUCCAAGUAGGGCGUACAAAACCUGGGUUAGUGUUUUCCAAGUUUAAAAGUAGGAUUUCAAGACAAUGUUAUGCACGUCUGACGUAACAAGCCCUUUUCCAUCCCCAAAAAUUGGUGCUCGUUGGGCGACGGGGCCAGCGCUCUGCUUAGUUGGCGCUUAACCAAGUCCUUACGAAAAAUGUGUUCGCCUUUCCACCGGCAGCCAAGUGGGAGCGACAUCACCACGUCAUUGUAAAGUGUCCAAACAUGGCCGACGUUUAUCCAAGAGCGCCUCAUGCCCUGUUAGCAAUUUAGCAUAGCAUCAAUUACACUUGUGUGUAGUCUGGGAUGUUUCAGCACACGAUGUACCGAGAGAAAGGAAAUAUGUUGAUGCAACAUGCGGACCGUGUGUGGAUUUUUUUUUUUUUUUUUUUGCCACGUGCUUCAAUGUCUUGAUGCAGAACGGUUGUUUUGCAUGAUCCAAAACACCGCAGCUUCAACUUGCAAAAGAGAGUUGCGUCGAUUGAAGCGGCUACUCCACACAGUUGAAACAUUGGUGGCGAGCUGGCACUCGGCUUUAAUUUGACGGUGGACCCGCCGCACGGCAGGCUUCUAUUUGGCCUUCGACUGACUUUGCUUCCAGGUGUCUCAGUCACGAGGAGGGAUUCUCAUCAUUGCAGCGGUGCUAUUUUCAGACCGUCAAAGCAAUCAGAUCCUCCUGUCAUUUUCCCCGAAUUGAUCUGUAAUCCGCAACGGAACAGAGAUUAAAAUGUGGAAACGGUCCAGAUUGAGAAUGUUUGGUGAGUUAGUCGCGAGUAAGUGUUCUUCUGUUGUAUUUCCGUGAAAAGCGACAUUUUCCGGUUUCACUUCGAUGAUGACGGACGAUUGCAUUUUAUUCUUUCGUUUCUGAGAUCAUGGACCGAAAUAUAAAAUGCUUUCAUUUUUGUUUUGUUUUACUCUGCCCAGGUGUUUACACUCCAAAUUCCCCAAAGGGGGAUUUCGUUUGUUGUGUGGAAACCUGCCUCACAUUCAGUCCAGUUAAUCAGUCAUAUUGCUCAGACGAUGCGGUUCUGUCAUUUCAUGGGUUCUCCUGUCCUCCCUUGCCUCCAGGUACUGACUGACCAAAUAUUUCAGAACACCGGAGAGACAGAGAACUUGUGUUACGAUGGGGGGACUCACGUUCUCAAUAAAACCCUCACGAAAACCUGCUCCAUCCUACCGAAAAGUGUCCCAUGUAGAUGGGAGUCACCGAUAGGCAUCCCGUCUUUAGAGACCGCCGCCUCCCUCACUAAACAGCAUCAUCAAUAACAUUCAAGAAACAACAUGCGUCCGUCCCUCGCCACCGCUGUCCUCCCAGCCAGGACCCGCACCCACAACGCGCCCAAUUUGGCAAUCGGGGGCCGCGAGCACCUCGCGGCGCCCCGGAGACGCAGCCCCAACCUUCGGCACACUCUCAGCCCGGAGAACCUCCGCAGCCUGGCGGAAAGGGGCGGGGCCUCACUGGAUGCUGUGUCUAUGGUGGGCGGGCCCGUCGGCCUGUCCCGCGCCAACAGCGACACCGACCUGGUGAGCUCGCAAACCAGGUCCUCGCUGACAGCGUCCACCCUGGACUUCACGCUGAACCGGGGCCAGACACUCGUCAUAUCCUGGGAUAUCAAGGAGGAAGUGGAUGCCACCGACUGGAUUGGCCUCUACCAUAUCGAUGAGACCAGUCCAUCAAACGUGUGGGAUUGUAAGAACCGAGGGGUCAACGGCACCCAGAAGGGUCAGAUAGUUUGGAGGCUGGAGGCGGGGCCCUACUUCAUGGAACCGGAGACCAGGAUCUGUUUCAAGUACUAUCACGGAGUGAGCGGAGCCCUGAGAGCAACGACCCCCUGCAUCACUGUGAAGAAUACAGCUGUCCUGGUGGAGGGUCUUGCUGAGCAGGUGGGUGUCGAACAUCCUCGGAAACUGAUAAGCUUCACGUUAACAGAUCUGCGUGCCACCGGCCUGAAGAAAGGCAUGUUCUUCCAUCCGGAUCCCUACCUCAAGAUGUCCAUCCACCCCGGGAAGAGGAGUGUCUUUCCUGUGUUCAGCCACCACGGACAGGAGCGUCGCUCGGCCAUCAUUGCCAACACUGUCAAUCCGGUUUGGCAUGGAGAGAAAUAUACAUUUGUAGCGCUGCUGACAGACAUCCUGUACAUUGAAGUCAAGGACAAAUUUGCCAAAAGUCGACCCAUCAUCAAGCGCUUCCUUGGCCAGUUGACCAUCCCCGUGCAGCGGCUUCUUGAGAAAAUAUCCGGAGUCCAGCCUGUGACUUUUCCCCUGUGCCGACGCCUCCCCACGGAGCACGUCAGCGGACAGCUGCAGUUCAAAGUUGAACUCACUUUGACUGGACCCGAUGGUGCCUCUCCAGAUUCCAUCAUUGGCCUUUCGACCUUCAAUGGAGCUCCGGGGACGCCUUCAGAUGACGAGGACCUUCCUCAUCACCUUCCAGGAGUGGUUUCACCUGAGCCCUCCCCCACCGGAUCGCAGAGUUCUCAAGGUAUGUGGGAAGGCGGGGCAGCAGCGGCAGCCUCCCCGGAAAAGGAACUGCUACUCGUCAGAGCCGGUGCGAGGUUUUUGGACCGGCACGAGUUGCUCCAGAGGUCUCUCAGCGAGGGUCUGGAUGCUAUCGAGGCCCCCAAGGGUCCCGGGGAAAGGCCGUUGGGUGCGGCCUCGCCAAAACUGCGCUCCAGCUUCCCCACGCACACGCGGCUCAGCGACAUGUUGCACAUCGACUCGGAUGAGGAUGAUGAGCGCUCCGGGUUUGGAGAAAUGCCUCCCAUGCUGCCCUCUCCGCUGCUACUUAAUGGCGACCCUCCGGAUAAUAGCGGUCCCGAUGACGACGUGCCGUCUCCUGAGCUGCAGCUGGUCCCGGAGCAAUCUGGCGAUGAAGAACCAGAGACUGCGGGUACUCAAGAGACAGCCCAGGUGGCCCCCAAGGUGGAGGCCAGUCUGGAAAAGGAGGACAUUCUGGAGGCAGACGUCUUCUCCGAGGCGGAGGAAGCGCUUUUCACAGAGGCCACGUCCCGCACUGCUUUGCCAGAGGGUGGAGAGGCGGGAAGAGGACCGACCGAGGAGCCUUCUUCAGAGGUGGACACGUGCUCCAUGGCCACAGCCCCGCAGACGGUCGUGUCUUCCUCAGAUAGUUGCCCAAUCACGUUGACCACAGCUCUGGAAGCAGAUGAAGGGGCCGAUGCAGCCAUCGAUCCGGGGGGAGAUGUGGUUGGUGGCACCCCAUCGUCCACUCCGCCUGUAGGCUGUGAGGAUGGCGGGCUUGGCAUUUGUCCCGAGGCCGAAGGAGAAGCAGCCUUGCCUCUGGAAUCCCAGGAGGUAGUCGUGAGAAAGCCGAGUCUGCGGGCGGCAGGCAGCAUGUCCGAAGAACCGGACGGCAAUGAGUCUAAGCCGCAUGAGGAGACGGGAUCUGCGGAGUCCGAGCAAGUUACCACAGAAACAGAUGGAGAGGAAGGCACGCCUGUCAACGGUCACCCUGUUCGGUCGCUUCCAUCUGUACGGCAUGACAUUCACCGUUACCAACGAGUGGACGAGCCCCUGCCACCGAACUGGGAGGCCCGGAUCGACAGUCAUGGCAGGAUCUUUUUUGUGGACCACGUGAACAGGACCACCACGUGGCAGAGGCCUACUGGACCCCCGGCGCCACAGGGCCUGACCCGGUCCAACUCCAUUCAGCAGAUGGAGCAACUCAACCGCAGAUACCAGAGCAUCAGAAGGACCAUAACCAACAGUGAUAGAACAGAAGAAAGCACCGCUGACCUGCUCCCUGAACCAGAACCCGAACUGAUUCCUCACUCCAUUUCCGAAUACAGACGAGACGGCGUCGUUGCUCACUCGAACGGUCGUUCCCGUCUGUCGUUGCUGCUCCAGUCGCCCAGCGCCAAGUUCCUGUGCAGUCCCGACUUCUUUACUGUGCUGCAUUCUAACCCCAGUGCCUACCGCAUGUUUACGAGCAACACCUGCCUGAAGCAUAUGAUCAGCAAGGUGCGGCGAGACGCUCACUACUUUGAGCGCUACCAGCACAACCGAGACUUGGUCACCUUCCUCAACAUGUUCUCCAACAAGCAGCUGGAGCUUCCCCGAGGGUGGGAAAUGAAACACGACCAAACCGGGAAGCCCUUCUUUGUGGAUCACAACUGUCGUUCCACAACCUUCAUCGAUCCACGGCUGCCUCUCCAGAGUUCGCGCUCCACCGGGCUGCUGGCCCACCGCCAGCACCUGAGCCGCCAACGCAGCCACAGCGCCGGCGAGGUGGCCGACGACUCGCGGCAAAGCAACUCGCCCGCCGUGCCGCGACCUUCCAGCACCUUCAGCGGGUCCAGUCGCUCCAGCCAGUACCACGACGUUGUGCCCGUGGCCUACAAUGACAAGAUUGUGGCCUUCCUCAGGCAGCCCAACGUCUUUGAGGUAUUGCAGGAAAGACAACCGGAGCUCGCCAGGAACAACUCGCUCAAGGAGAAGGUGCAGUUCAUCCGCAGCGAGGGCGCCAUCGGGCUGGUGCGUCUCUCCGGGGACGCCGACCUCGUCAUGCUGCUCAGCUUAUUUGAAGACGAGGUGAUGUCGUACGUGCCACCUUUGCUCCACCCAAAUUACAGCCUGUCCUCAUCUCCUCAGAGUUCCCCGGGCACCCAACGAGCCAACGCGCGUGCUCCGGCGCCCUACAAGCGAGAUUUUGAGGCUAAACUGAGGAACUUCUAUCGGAAACUGGAGACUAAAGGAUAUGGACAGGGACCGGGGAAAGUCAAGCUCAUCAUACGGCGGGACCACCUCCUGGAGGACGCCUUCAACCAAAUCAUGUGUUACUCCCGCAAAGACCUGCAGAGGAGUAAACUUUACGUCAGCUUCGUCGGCGAGGACGGGCUGGACUACAGCGGCCCGUCCAGAGAGUUCUUCUUCCUGGUGUCCAGAGAGCUUUUCAACCCUUACUACGGCCUGUUUGAAUACUCGGCCAACGACACGUACACGGUCCAAAUCAGCCCCAUGUCGGCCUUUGUGGAUAAUCACCACGAAUGGUUUCGUUUUAGCGGGCGCAUUCUGGGACUGGCUCUGGUUCAUCAGUAUCUGCUGGAUGCCUUCUUUACUCGUCCUUUCUACAAGGGGCUGCUCCGCAUACCGUGUGACCUGAGCGACCUGGAGUUCCUGGAUGAGGAAUUCCACCAGAGCCUGCAGUGGAUGAAGGACAACGACAUCGAGGACAUGCUGGAUCUCACUUUCACAGUCAACGAGGAGGUCUUCGGACAGAUCACCGAGCGAGAGCUGAAGCCCGGCGGAGCCGGCAUCCCCGUGACGGAGAAGAACAAGAAGGAGUACAUCGAGCGCAUGGUCAAGUGGCGCAUCGAGAGGGGCGUGGCUCAGCAAACCGAAAGCUUGGUCCGAGGCUUCUACGAGGUGGUGGACGUGCGACUGGUGUCGGUGUUCGACGCCAGAGAGCUGGAGCUGGUCAUCGCCGGCACGGCCGAGAUCGACCUGGCCGACUGGAGGAACAACACCGAGUACAGAGGAGGUUACCAUGACAACCACAUCGUGAUACGCUGGUUCUGGGCAGCUGUGGAGCGGUUCAACAAUGAGCAGAGGCUGCGACUACUGCAGUUUGUGACAGGCACGUCCAGUAUUCCUUACGAGGGCUUCGCCUCGCUGCGUGGAAGCAACGGACCCCGCAGGUUCUGUGUGGAGAAGUGGGGCAAGAUCACCUCCUUACCCAGAGCACACACUUGCUUCAAUCGGCUGGACCUGCCACCCUACCCAUCCUUCUCCAUGCUCUACGAGAAGCUGGUGACAGCCGUGGAGGAGACCAGCACCUUCGGUUUGGAGUGACCCCGCCUCCUCCAUCACCCCCCCCCCCACACACACACACACA